GCGGGGGCUGGGCGUGGCCUGGUUUGCGGCACGAGGCCUUGGCGGGGGCGUAGUCGGGAGGGGCGUACCGUGAUUGGCCCGCGCGGUUUGGGCGGGAAGGCUGGGCCUCGCUGUGAGGAUAAAAAAGGGCGACGGCGAGAGCAGCCGUUGCAGGAUGAAGCCGAGAGGCGGUGGCCAGGAGGAGAGCUGGCAGGCGGGGGACGGGAGCGGCGCGGGGGGCUUCAUGGUGAGCGUUGGUGUCUCUGGGCAUGAGUAGAGUUCCUCCUGGCGCUCCCUCUACCCGAGAGGAGAACAACAAAGGGAUGGAACCUCUUUCCUUCAGCUUCUGCCUUCCCCCUUCGAAGAUAGAGCCCAACUGAUUGCUGAGUCUGAGCAUGCGAGGAGUACAUUUUCCCCUCAAAAAGAAAAGAGAGAGAAAGGGAAAUUCCUCUUUUACUGCCUCAACCAACCUUAGCAGCUCAGAGGGGAGGCACCUGCUGAAAUGAAACGACAACAAUAGGUGUUACCUGCAUUGCAGGGGGUUGGACUCAAUGACCUUUGGUAGUCUCUUUCAGCUGUAGGAUUCAAUGAAAAGCACAGCUUUGCUGUGAAAGAGAGGACUAGUAAAAAGCAAAACAAACCAAUGCAGCAAAAUAUCAGUACCAUAAGGAUUGCCAAAGCCAGUGCAAAUCAAGGUGUUCCUUUAAAAAAAACACACAAAAAAGCUUGUGCUACUGUUCAAGUAGAAUUAUGAACAAUAAAUAUAUCUUUAGGCAAGUCUCUUAAUAUAUAGUGUGCUGUAUAUAUAGGUUUGCCUUUGGCAGUUUUGGCUAAAUUUGAAUUUAUGUAAGAGUCCAAAACAGCCAAAGCUAGUUUACAUAAUACAGUAUUUGCAAGUCUGUGCAUCCAUCAUAAAUUUAAGGAAAUGAUCUACAGCCUUCCGUCUCCAAUGUAUACCCUCUGCUUUCUUGGAUCGGAGGUUUAAUAACAUUCUGUGACACAAGUGAGGCCAAGGAGUCUCCCAUUGGCUGUCACUUAUAUGAGCACUGUGAGCACUUACUGUACUCACAUUCUCCAGUUUCUGCCAGACUCAUAUUUGCAGGCAUAUAUGUAAUGGUCUCUGGCAACUGAGGAAAACAGUGGGCAAGUUCCAAAAUCAUAGGGAGAUUUAUGGGUUCUUCUGUUUUAUUUUUUAACAUUUUUAUAGCUAAUUGUAUUUUUUUUAAAAAUAAGUUUUUAUUAAUUUUCCAAACACAGAAUAAAAAAAACAAAGAGAAAACAAACAAUACACAGUACACCGACAUACAAACAUAUAAACAUGUACAAUUUCAUAACCAUUUUUUCAUAAACCUUACUUUCCGGACUUCCCCAUACCUCCCCUUUUCUGCAUCCUUGUUUUAUAUUUCUUCAGCAACUCCUCAGUCGACUAAUUUUUCAGUUCAAUUUCUUUUAAGUUCUUCUAUUAUUGUUAAUUACAGCUGCAAUUCUCUGUUUCACAACCCCUUGACAUUUUAACAUUCCUAAAUUUUACAACAAGUUCUAAGAUAAACUUUGAAUUUCUUCCAAUCUUCUUCCACUGUCUCUUUCCCCUGGUCACGGAUUCUGCCAGUCAACUCCGCCAGUCCCAUGUAGUCGAUCACCUUCGUCUGCCAUUCUUCCAGUGUGGGUAGUUGUUGUGUCUUCCAAUACUUUGCUAGAAGAAUCCUUGCUGCUGUAGUCGCAUACAUAAAAACGUCCUGUCCUUCCUUCUCACCAAUUGGCCGACUAUGCCCAGGAGAAAAGCCUCAGGUUUCUUUAGAAAGGUCCAUUUAAGAACCUUCUUAAUUUCAUUAUAGAUCAUUUCCCAGAAAGCUUUAAUCUUCGGGCAGGUCCACCAAAGGUGGUAAGAAUGUACCUUCAGUCUCAUUACAUUUCCAACAUUUAUUAUUGGGCAAAUGAUAAAUUUUUGCAAGCUUGACUGGGGUCAUGUACCACCUAUACAUCAUUUUCAUAAUGUUUUCUCUUAAGGCAUUACAUGCCGUAAAUUAAGUACCUGUGGUCCACAGCUGUUCCCAGUCAGCAAACAUAAUGUUAUGACCAAUAUCUUGUGCCCAUUUUAUCAUAGCUGAUUUCACCGUUUCAUCCUGUGUAUUCCAUUUCAACAGCAGAUUAUACAUUCUCGACAGAUUCUUAGUAUUGGGUUCUAACAGUUCUGUUUCUAAUUUUGACCUCUCCUUCUGGAAACCUAUUUUCCUGUCCUGUUUAAAUGUCUCGUUUAUCUGAAGGUAGUGCAAGCCAAUCUCGCACUUUGGACUUUAAUUUCUCAUAACUCUGUAAUCUUAAUUUUUCCCCAUCUUGUUCUAAAAUUUCACAAUAUUUUGGCCAUUUAGACUCCAUAUUAAGCUUUUUCACCUCUUUGGCUUCCAUUGGUGACAACCACCUUGGGAGUUUUACUUUCCAAUAAAUCUUUAUACCGCAUCCAAACAUUAUAUAAUGCUUUCCUAACAAUAUGGUUUUUGAAACCUUUAUGCAGUUUUGCCUUAUCAUACCAUAUAUAUGCAUGCCAGCCAAAUCUAUUAUCAAACCCUUCUAGAUCCAAAAUGUCUGUAUUCUCAAGAAGUAGCCAAUGUUUCAACCAGCAGAAAGCCGCCGAUUCAUAGUAGAGUCUUAAGUCCGGCAGGGCAAACCCCCCUCUAUCUUUUGCAUCAGUUAAAAUCUUAAAUUUUAUUCUGGGCUUUUUGCCCUGCCAGACAAAUUUAGAUAUAUCUUUCUGCCACUUCUUGAAACAAUCCAUCUUGUCCAAAAUCUGCAAUGUCUGGAAUAAAAACAACAUUCUAGGCAAUACAUUCAUCUUGAUAACAGCAAUUCGACCUAACAAAGAAAGUUUCAACCUUGACCAUAUUUCUAGAUCUUUCUUUACCUCUGUCCAACAUUUGUCAUAAUUGUCCUUAAAUAAAUUCAUAUUCUUAGAUGUUAAGUUUACCCCCAGAUACUUUACUUUUUUCGUUAUCACUAAACCUGUUUCAUUCUGAAACUUCUCUUUUUCAGCCAAUGUUAAAUUUUUGUCCAGCACUUUCGUUUUCUGUUUGUUCAGUUUAAAUCCUGCUACUUGACCAAAUAUCUCAAUUAGUUCUAAUACUCUUUUAGUACUAGUAUCUGGCUGUUGCAAGGUCAGUACCAGGUCAUCUGCAAAUGCCCUUAGCUUGUAAUGUCUAGCUCCGACUUGUACUCCUUUAACCAACUGGUCUCCUCUAAUCAUGUUUAACAAAACCUCCAGGACUAAUAUAAAAGUAAAGGGGAUAUUGGGCACCCCUGUCGUGUACCUUUUUCUAUAGAUAUUUCUUCCGUAACCACAUUGUUUACAAUUAACUUUGCUUUUUGUUUAGAAUAUAUUGCACCUAUACCGUUUUCAAACCCUUGACCUACCCCCAUCCCUUGGAGGUUCUUCUUCAUAAAGCUCCAACCAAUAUUAUCAAAGGCUUUCUCCGCGUCCACAAAAAUUAAAACAGCCUUCCUAUUGAUGUCCACUUCUAACAGUUCCAAAAUAUCUAUAAUGUUCCUCACAUUGUCCGACAUAUGUCUCCCUGGAAGAAAGCCAGUUUGGUCCUUAUGAAUCUCCCCUACCAACACUCUCUUCAGUCUUUUUGCCAUAAUGUCUGCAAAAAUUUUGUAAUCCACAUUAAGUAAUGAUAUAGGGCGGUAGUUUUUAACUUGGUUCUUUUCAGUCUCAGUUUUCGGUAUAAGUGAAAUAAAGGCUUCUUUCCACGACUCUGGUGCCUUUUUCCCCUCCAGAAUUUCAUUACAUACUUCCUUCAGUGGUUGUACUAACCAUUCCUUCAACGCUUUAUAAUAUCUGGCAGUCAAACCAUCUGGUCCUGGAAACAUUUUUAUAGCUAAUUGUAGAGGAGUAGUGCAUGAUUUACACUGUGAGGGUGUAUUAUUUUUCUGUUUUAUAUAAGUCCAUCGAAUAUGUCAGAAUGCUCCAUUGUUUAUUCUAGGCUGUGGCUUUAAGCAAUAGUUUCAUUCAUUAGGAAGUUGCCUUGUACUGAGUCAGAGUACUGCCAAGUGUUAUCUAGGCUGGUUGAUACUACCUCUCCAGGGUUUCAGACUCGGAGGUCACUCCCCAACCCUGUCUGGAAGAUCCUGUUGGGGAUUGAACCUGGGAACUUCUACAAGCAAAGCAGGUCCUCUGCCACUGAGCUUUGACCCGAUUUAAAAAGACAUUUGAGGAAAUCCAUAUUAAUAAUAUAACAUUAAUGCUAAUAAUACAACAGAAGCCUGUCUUGGCAUUAAGCAGUCCAUAAAUAACAUUAUGCUUUGCCAUACCCUUGUUUCCAAAGUCUCCUUACCACCGGCUGGGUCAACGGAUGCAGGAUGUUACUGGAGACCAUGGAGUGUUGAAAGAGAUUAUCCGUGCUGGCUCUGGUGAAACGGUGCCUCCUGAUGCAUCCAUAUUAGGUAAAAGAACCUUGUGCUGACAAGUCUAUGGUUGUGGUGUUAAGCAGGCUUACCAAGGCAAUGGUUAAGCCCCUCUAAAUGCAUAGUAUUGCAUUGAAUAGCCACUUUCCCCUUUCCUGCUGUGGCCUGGAUAUUAAUUCCUCCUCUUGCCAAAAGCUGACUUUUGGGACCAAUAGGAGCUGGGGUGUGAGAAUGUGGAUCAGGACCAUGUUGAUGAAGAGGAAAGGAUGAGCACUCUGCACCACAGUUCUGCUGUUUAAAUGAGGAAAAAAACUAGACAUGUUCAUGCCUAGUUUGGUCUUGACUCAAAGUGGAUUUUGUUCUUUUAAGAAGUUAACUUGUCUUUUCAGUUCACAUCUGCACCAUCAAGUUUGCCAUUUGAAAAGUGGUUUAUACCACAAGUUAUUGAUUUCCAUUAACUCCCUUUAUAACCCCCCAAGAAGCACUUUAAUGUGUGAUUUAAUAUGGACUAUGUGGAAGGAUUCUCUGUGCACUUUCCCUCACAAGCUAAUUCUAGCAAUGUUGAGGGUGGCUUUCUGAAUCUGAAUGUUAACAUUUAAAUAAGAGUGGUAUUAGUACUUUAGCCAAGCAUGGAUUAAGUGUUUAGCCAAUGACCUAAAAUCUCAUGGAUGUACACUGUAGAUUUUGUUUGUGGUUUCCAUUUAAUAAGCAACCCCAAACUCCCAGUUUGAAGCUGUUUUGUGCUUUUUAGCACCCAAGAGUAUGGUGGAAGUGAGCAGGUACUCUUUUGUCAUACAGGUCCUUUAGACUUUAAUGUAAUAUUCCCCAGCUUGCUGCCCUUCAGGUGUUAUGGACUACCAUUCCUAUCAGUCCCAUGGGACCCAGGCAGCAAGUUGGGAAAGACUGUUUUGCUGUGAGUAGCUUCUAAGGCUACUGGGGAGCCUUUAGGUUUUUGCCUUCAGAUUUUUAAAUGAAUGCAGGAAAAUGUAGUUUGAUGACUAUUACAGAACCUGAAAAAGCAUGAACAAAUGCUACACCAUAAUUCUAAUUUUGCAAUUUUUCCGUAAUGGAUGAAAUUUAUGUGCUCUCAGCAAGCUCCUGGGACAAUACAGCAUGGUUUAUUGGAAACAAGGAUUGCUAGUAGUUGUCUAGAUUCAGGUAGGUAGCCAUGUUGGUCUGAUGCAGUCAAAAUAUAUAUUAAACAUUUUUAAAAAUGGUCCAGUAGCACCUUAGAGACCAACUAAGUUUGUUCUUGGUAUAAGCUUUCGUGUGCAUUCACACUUCUUCAGAUACACACAUAUGUUAUUGAUGUCUGUUAUUGAUAAAAAUAGAAACUAUGUUCAACCUUCCUAACUGAAACUGAUUUACUCUCCUCUAACUUAACUUUUUCAGUGAAAUUUUCAGGUUACCUGGAACACAUGGACAGACCCUUUGACACAAACUGCUACAGAAGAAAUCAUAGGCUCAUGAAACUUGGUGAAGGUAAGCCCAGAAUUACCAAGUGUUCCUAAGACAUAAUAAAAUAGUGUGUGUGCAGUAGCGCUUAAAUAUAAAAACUGGACUUGUUAGGUGCAUUCAUGCCUAGUUUCUAUGAUAGUAAGCAAACUAUUUGGGAUCCUUUAAGAGGGAGGCCAGGAUAGCUCUCCAGAUUUCAUGCAUCCAAAGAUUUGAUUUUUCUGGGGGCCUGAGUUGGGGCCAAAUUGUCCUGGGUCAGGCCCAAUCUGAAUCAAGAUCAAGGAGGAUCUUAGUACUGCAGUACAUACAUUUGAGAAAUAAACCUUGCUCUUUUUUGCUUUCCCAGACAUCACUCUUGGAGGAAUGGAGAUUGGUCUGCUGACAAUGAAGAAAGGAGAGCUGGCAAGAUUUUUGUUCAAGCCAAGAUACGCUUUUGGAGCUGCGGGCUGCCCUCCUUUGAUCCCUCCCAAUGCCACAGUCUUGUUUGAGAUUGAGCUUCUGGACUUUCUGGACUCAGCAGAAUCUGACGAGUUCUUUAAUCUGACUCCUGUAAGUUUGCUAGUUUUUCUUUAGUUUUAUUAAGAGACUUCUGUAUCACUCUUCACCAAAGAUGGUUACCGAGCAGUUUUUAAAAGAUACUAUCAAGCACCAUACAACUCACUGGUGAUUAGAAAGACAAAGGCCAGAAUGGGGAGUGAGCUAGAAGCUAGGCUUCAAGCUGGGAGAUGGAGCUAUGCCUGCUUUCUAUUUGAAUCAAAGGCUCUGACUGAGAGAAGCAAAACUUCAAGGGUGUUAUUGCUGUGAACCCCUCCAUUGUAGACUCAGAUUGUAUAUAUGUAUAAAUAAACCAUAUAUCAUACAGACACCACAUUCUCAGCUGUCCAUUCUGAAGAAACCUGGAAUCCCUGGAAUAUUGCAGCAGUCAGAGAUUGGGACAGUGUGCAACAUCGGGGUGGCAUGCAGCAAUACUAACCUCCAUGACCAGAUUGUGGCUUUUCUUCACAGGAGCAACAGGCCCAGUUUCCACUGCAGAAAGUGCUGAAGGUGGCUGAAACUGAGCGGGAAUUUGGCAAUUACCUCUUCCGACAGAAGCACUUCAUGGAUGCCAGAGAAAGAUACAAACGGGUAAGUAAAGCAAAUGAGAAGGGUGGGGGCAAGGGAGUCACAAGUAACUUGCCUUUUGCAAUUAUUUUCCAUUCCCCAUCAUGCUAGUAUUUGUACCUUGGUAGUCUUUUCUGGUCAAGCAAAGGGCAGGGCUGGUCUCCAGAAGUCAGAGAACUUCUUUAGGUCAGCCUUCCCCAGUCUGGUACCCUCCAGAGCUUUUGGGCUACAGCUCCCAUCAGCCCUGGCCAGCACACUUAACUUUGCAUAUUAUACUUAUUUACUCGCUCCUUCACCCUGCUUCCUUUGUUAGCUGCCCAAGACAGAGUGUGCUGACUGUGCUGGUGGGAGUUGUAGCUCAAAACAUCUGGAGGACUGCCAGAUUGAUGAAGGCUGCUGUAAUGUGUUGCCCCCAAAGUGUGAGAUGGGAAUUGAUCACCUCCUGGAAUUAUUUUGAAAUGUAAAAUGAGAAAGGCGUGGGUGAUCUGAUGGAAGAGAAUGUUUAAUUGAACAGUUUAAAAGCACUGUAUUGUCACUUAACCACCUUAAUUGUUCAUUUUAAUCUUAUUUCAUGCUUUCCCAUGAGAGUUGCUUUAGUUUCCAAAACGAAAAAAUACAGUAUUUCCCAUAUAUUUUUGUCAAAAUCUACAAUGUAAAUGGGACGCGGGUGGCCCUGUGGGUAAAAACUCAGUGCCUAGGACUUGCUGAUCGUAAGGUCGGCGGUUCGAAUCCCCACGGCAGGGUGAGCUCCCGUUGUUCGGUCCCAGCUCCUGCCUACCUAGCAGUUCGAAAGCACCCCUAAGUGCAAGUAGAUAAAUAGGUACCGCUUUAUAGCGGGAAGGUAAACGGCGUUUCCGUGUGCGGCACUGGUGCUGGCUUGCCAGUUGCAGCUUCGUCACGCUGGCCAUGUGACCUGGAAGUGUCUUCAGACGGCGCCGGCUCCCAGCCUCUUGAGUGAGAUGAGCGCGCAACCCUAGAGUCGGUCACGACUGGCCCGUACAGGCAGGGGUACCUUUACCUUUACCUUACAAUGUAAAUAUGUAACUGGCCCUCAAAUGAGAGAAUAUUUUUGCUUGAUAGUGCUUUGUUAUGUGGAAAUGUUUGUCUCCUAAGUCAGUAUCCACACAGCCCAGUGUGUACAACAAUCAAUAUAAGUUUUGUGUCAGACUAUAAAAUGACAGCACUUGUUUUGAACCCUGAUUAGGCCGCUUCGCUGCUGCACCGUGUGAAUGCUGACGAAGCUGAGCAAGUCAAAGUUGAUGCUGCCAAGAUUCUGGUCUUCCUCAACUUGUCUUUUACUUAUCUGAAACUGGAACAGCCAGCUCGGGCCCUUGCUUACGGAGAGAAGGCCUUGAAGCUGGAUGAGAAGAAUGCCAAAGCCCUCUUCAGGUGUGCUCAGGUGAGGAGGAGGAGCAGCUGUGGACAAGUUUCAAAUGCCUGAUGGGGGGGGCAAUAAAAACACUGGAUGAGAGCACCUCAACCUGGAAGAAACCCUGGAGGCCACUUAGUCUAAUGCAGGAGAUGCAGGUGGCCAUCUAACCUCUGCAAGCACUUUCUGCGGCAAAAUCUUUUCCACUUUCAAACACCUCUGUAACUCCUUCCCUUGAACAUUUUUUUAUCAUUGCCAGGCUGAGCACAGUAUCCCUUUCAGGAUAAGACUGAGGCACACCUCCCACUCAAAAUUCCACUUGAGGUCCCUUCUACAUGCAUCAUUCUAUCUAUGGGAUGACAGACAGGAUUUCUUUAGGGCCGUUGAUUCAACAAGUUUUAAGUUUCCAGGUGCACAUCUGACCAUGCACAGCUUUUCCUUUCCUGGGCUUUCUGUACAUUGCUAGUACUGGUGAGUUUUCUCUUUGCUAGUUGUUAACUUUGUGGCCAUGCUGGGAUUUCCACCCCCACCCCCCCUGAGGAACAGCAUACCAAAUUAAAAAAUAAUAAUGAUUCUUUUGUCUACUAGGCAUGUUUCUCUCUGGCAGAGUAUGAGAGAGCUCGGGAUUUUUUGGUGAAAGCUCAGAAACAGCAGCCCUUCAACCACUGCAUUAACAAUGAAUUGAAAAAGCUGGCCAGGUGAGGGAGCUAUUUCUUUACUGAAGUUAGGAUAACCGGUGAGCUGUGAACUGCUUUCUCUGUAUAUAAUUGUCCAGAUUUAUUGCUUGUGGUGUUGAAGCCUCUGUACUCUUAUAGUGUUUAAACUGUCUAGCAGAUGGAAUAAGUGGGAGCACAGGAAGCUUUUAGGGGUACUGAAUCCCAAACUCUGUAAACUGGUCAAUGUCCUUGCAGUGGGGUAAGCCUCAGGUGCAUGGGUACCACCCUCUUUCCACCUUUGGGAGCAUCCUCAGGAGUUCUGUUUAAUCCAGAAAAAAAGUGUGGUUAUCAAAACCAUGGCAGUGCUGUAUGUAGAGUGUGAGGGAAUAGAGUUCUCCUUCCAUGGCAGUACUGGGAAGGGAUAACAAGGCAAUGAAUGAACGCCUUACGGAGGCAACUAGCCUUUGUGGCUUUGCCUUGCCUGUCCUUUGACAGGCAGCCUUUCCCUGUUCUGUUAGGAGAGGCUUAGGCCAUGUUUAUCCUUCACUUAAGAUGGCUUUCUUCAUCGGCAAAAGACUGGCAAAACCUCUGCUUGCCGAGUGCACCUGACCCUCUGCUCCUUCAUUUGUGUGCUUCCUUUCCCUGGGCUGGGAAGUGCACAGGCCAUGAGGGGGAAUUCCUUGGUCCUCAAAAGUUGCCCCCUUGAAACAUGCUUGGAAAUAGAUCGCCAGCAGAUCUGUGAGCCUUGCUUGUCCUGAACACAUGGAUUUUUGGCAGUGUUCUAGUAAGAGCAGAUCUGGCUUCUAUACUUGGCGGGUGUUCUGCAUAGGUAUAAAAACUACUAAAAUGUAUUGUGGAAUUUCAUGCAUAAAGCAAGAUCUCUCAGCUGCUGCGCUGCUCUGUUCAUGAAUAACUAUAACUUAAGUUUAAUCAUAUUGGCCAUGUUCUACAGUUGAGACUAAAUCCUGGGUUUGACUUUUGUUUGGCGAAGCCUUUGUUUCAGACAUCAUCAAAGCUGUGUACACAGUGAGCUAUGCUGAAGGAGAUGGGGGUUUUGAGCAUUGAAACAAGGGCAAAAAGUGGCCAGAUGCAGCUGCUGUGCUUGUGCUGGAACAGUUUGCCUCCUAUUCUGAGGAAGCACUCGAGUUCUGGGGAGGCUUAAUUUCAAGACCUUGCUGUUUUUUAAACUCGGCUGGUGGACACCCUGUGAUCAUCCAGUUUGCCCUGUUUUGCAGCUGUUACAGAAAUUACAUGCUGAAGGAGAAGGAAAUGUGCUGCAAGAUGUUUGGCCCCCUCAACUCUCCUUCAGCAGGAGAAGACCUGAAGGUAACAGGCUCUGAGCCUCUUCUGUUUCUCAGUUUCAUCUUGGUGCUAAGCUCCCUCCUUGUGUUGUCUGAAGAUUGUAGCAGGAGCAUGUAUGAACAGCAAGGCAUUUAGUGGUAGGCAGGUGCCAAGGGAGUUGUCCUCUGAGACAACUGCACUUCGGAACUUGCUCUAGAUUUUUGUAGGGCUUAUGAGGCAGGACAUGUCCUCUGCUACUCUCUCGCUUUUUUCACCCCUUGGAUGUUGAGCAGAAAUAUGACUCUGUUGCCAUGCACUGUAUCUACCUCAUCUUCCUACUACUUCCAUAGCCCUUAACCACCCUGCCCAAUUUUAGGGCAGCCGUUGCCAGCCUGGUGCCAUCCAAAGAUUUUGCACGACAACUCCCAUCACCUCCAGCAUCAUACAAUCAUAUUUGCUGAUGCUGAUGAGAUUUGUAGUCCAAAGCAUCAGGGAUGGCAUCAGGUUGUGGAGGCUAUUUUAUGUUACUGUUCUUGGUAGAUCUUGGUACGUCUUGGGCAGCUGCCUGUUCCUGCUACAUAAAAAUGCCAAUUCUCAUGGUUUAUUAUAGCAGAAUUCCACUGUAAACAGGAUACAUGGUUGGCUAGUCCCCUCACCCUGCCCUGAAAUGAGAAUGUCUGUAAGUGGAUGGUAACUUAAGUAAUAGCCCUGCCUCCCUGACCUUUCUUCCUAGAACUAUUGCAAACUGCUUCUCAGCUCCACUGCAAAAAUACUCAACAGCUUCAAAAUCGGCUUGCUGCAUUGCAUGUGCUGUUCAAGCAACACAAGCACAGAGUCCUCUGCACUCUUAAAAUGAGAUAGUCUUUUGAAUCCUUGCCAAUGAUGGCAUGAACCCCUUUUUAAGACUGUAACAUCAUGUAAAUUUACCUAUCAGUAGCAGCCCUUAUAUUGUGCCACUCAACAAUGCAGGAUAAAAAGUGACUUUCAUUUAUCAACAACCAUCUCUGAAAAUACAGUGAUUUAGAUAAUGGUAUUACAACAAAAAGCAUCUGCAUUUUUCACUGUCAUUCCAGAUUACAUGGUUGGCUACCCUAGGUGAACAGAGCCUGCUUUCUGUUUUAGUUACUGUUUUAGCAGGUGAUAGGAUAAGUGUUCAGUGUUCAUAUUUGGUUGUUAAAAGCAGCUAGAGCAAAAGCUGAACAACUUUAUUAUGAACAGGUGGGUUAGGGUUGCAGAAUGAUGGAAUUCACUUAAAAACACGUAUGUGUGUGAUCUUAGAAUGGGUUGGUAAGGAUAAGAUUAUUUGAAUUUGGAACGUGGUUGCUAGUGUAAUUAGGUUAGUUGUUCAUGCAGAUUUGUUGGCGAAAGCAGGAAAUGUUUUUUCAGCAGAAUGUCCUAGUAGCUGCCUGCUGUUCUGGUACCUGCAGGAGCAUCCUUUCUUUGAAGCUGAUCCAGCCCAUCUUAUCUGUGCAGCCCCUCGAGCCUCCUUUUUGAUUGUGUAGCCACUGGGUGGGAAUGAAAGAGACAAGGCGAUCAAAUGCUACUCAGAAUGGCUAAAGGGUUUCAGCUUGCCUACUUCUCUCUCUUUAAUUAGCUCAGUGUAAAGACUUCUUUAGACAUGGUGUAUUCAAAGAGGAUGACAGAAGAUUCUUGGCUGAACUCUUGUUUGCUUCUGAAUGGGAUUUCUUUGUGACUUCUGGGUGGUGUCAAGAGGAGGUGUGAAGCUGGCUGGGUGUUACAUGAUGGCACUUCAGUCACUUGCUAUAGCAAGGUUCCUAAAUGCUACACAAUCUGUUUCUUUAUGCAUACCCACAGGCAGCAACACACUUGGCUUGCCAAACAGAGAAUUGUAGGUUGCUGUGCCAGCCAGGAACCCAACGGACAAGAGCCAAAUCAAGUAACUGAGGCUCUGGACCAAUCUAGGUGUUACUUGCUACCACCUGCAAAUGCACCCCAACAUCCCUUUUUUAGGCUGCAAAGCAGUUGGGGGGUGGAGAUUGACUGAGAAUGGAGGAGUAGUGAUUGGAGAAGGGGGAAGCCAUGCCUUUCCCCCAUGGAGUUUCAGAUAUAUAUAUAUGUAGGUCGGUCCAUACUAAUAUGGAAGCUAUUGAAAGAGAGGAGUGGAAAUACAGGGAGCUGAAAAUGGUGGAGACUACUGAGCAAAGGAAAAUGUGUUAACAGUGGCCCUUUGUGGUAUGUAUUAGGUGUAGAUUUGGGGUAUGGUACUUGUUUGUAGCUCAUUGGGUGUGAAGGUUUAAAGGUUAACGCUUGGUUUCCUAUCUCAAAAUUAGUACCUGUUUUAAGAUUUCUGACCAUUCUAGCCAUUACAUUUCAAUGAUACAAGGGCUUGGGCCCUUGAUAGCUCACUAUCAGUAUAGGUCACUGUGUUAUAAUUGCUGUCAUUUUUUAAAAGCGACCAUGUCCUGACAAACUGAAAUGCAUGGGGUUUUUUGAGUCAUGAUAUGCUGGUCAUUUCAGAAUCCAUCUAUGCAGAAGGAAGAAACUUUUCUAUAAUGGGAAGGGAUCCCACUUCAGUACAACCAACAACUGCCUUCUUGUUUUUGAAAAUCCAUAUGGAAAAGACCUUCCUCAUUCUGAGUACUUGGAGCUGAGAAGUUUAUAUGGUUGUUUAAUAUAUAAAAGCACAAUUUGUAUGUACACUUUGCUAGUGGCAUUCUACUGUCAAGUCUACUAAGAGACUUCUUUUGAAAAGAAGGUAUUUGCUCAGCAUUCUCUCAUUGUUUUGAAGGAAUUCCUUUCUCCUGUUAGCCAAACACAGGUAACAGAUUACUCUGUUUGGAUACAAAUCAGUUUUCCUUAACUUCCCUCAUUGCCCUGGACUCAGGCUGGUGAAAGUAGGCGGCCAUGGUUUUUGCUUAUCUGAGAAGAUUGUUAGAAAUGUUGUUUUCCUAGUUGUAGAAAAUAAAACUCAUUUCUGAGCUGAAAAUGUCA